AUGCGUACGGCCCGACGCGCCAGCAACGUGGAGGUGCCCUCCUUCCUGCGUCAGCUGGUCAGAGAGACGGAGAAAAUGGUCACCUUCUUCUUCAAGGGGGCGUCCAGGGAGUCGGGGCCCGGGGCGGAGGACUUGGACGAGGACUCCAUGCCGAGCCCGUACCUGGAGCGGCCCGUGAUGGAGAAGUGCGUGGCGGAGGGCCAGUCCGAGUCGGGCCUGAGUUACGCGGUGGCGAGCAUGCAGGGCUGGAGGGCUCAGAUGGAGGACGCCCACGCCUGCGUGCCGCAGCUCAGAGGCCAGCUCGCAGACUGGGCGUACUUCGGCGUGUUUGACGGACACGCGGGGACCACAGUGGCACAGUACUGCUCCAGGAACCUGCUGGAUCACAUUCUGGCUACAGGUGGGGUUACGGCGGACGAGGACGCCGACCUGGUCAAAGACGGGAUCCACGAGGCCUUCCUGAACAUCGACCGCCACAUGCACAAGCUGGCUCGGCAGGAGAGCUGGGACCGGAGCGGCUCCACCGCGGCGGCCGUCAUCAUAUCACCGUGUCACAUCUACUUCAUCAACUGCGGCGACUCCCGCACCCUGCUCUGCCACGGCGGGCGGGUGGCCUUCUACACAGAGGACCACAAGCCGUUCAACCCCCGGGAGAAGGAGCGCAUCCAGAACGCCGGCGGCUCCGUGACCCUGCAGAGGGUCAACGGCUCGCUGGCCGUGUCCAGAGCCCUGGGGGACUUUGACUUCAAGGAGGUGGACUGGAGGCCGCAGACGGAGCAGCUCGUGUCCCCGGAGCCGGAGGUGUGCGAGCUGGCGAGGAGCCCCGAGGACGAAUUCCUGAUUCUGGCGUGCGACGGCGUGUGGGACGCCAUCGGCAACGAGGAGCUGUGCGCGUUCGUGCGCAGCCGCCUGCACGUGUGCGAUGACCUGAGGGAGAUUUGCACCCAGGUCAUUGACCUCUGCCUCUAUAAGGGCAGCUUGGACAACAUCAGCAUCAUCAUCGUCUGCUUCCCUGGCGCCCCCCAGGUGUCACAGGAGGCGCUGCAGCAGGAGGCAGAGCUGGAGCAACAGAUCGACACCAAAGUGGGAGAAAUCAUCCAGAUGAUAAGGUCCAGGGAUGAGGACCCCGACCUUCUUUAUGUGAUCAAGUUCCUGGCUGCGGAGGAGAUGCCAGGGCUUCCUCCAGGAGGAGGCAUCACCAGCAAGCGAGAUUGUAUCAUCUCUUCAUACCAGAAACAUGUUAUGACUACGAGAACCCAGGAGCCAAUGGAUAUUGAGGGAUCGGAGGAGGACUCAAGCUAAACCAGCUACCAUGGAAACAAAUGCAUCACUGUCUUCACCGUCUCCAUGGAGACUGGCUGGAAUUAGAAACUCUACACUGUAAAUUAGCACUAAACAAAGAUUCCCUGUUUAAAUUAUUCUUUUUGAAUAUAUACUUCCUGAUCAAUUAAAGGACAUGUGACUUUAUGUAUAGUAUAUAUUAUUUAUUACUUACUACACUGAGUUAGACAAGGAGUAUUAGGUCACAUAUUAGAUAUCAUUUAACCAUGCAUUUUUUGGAGGAAUGCCAUAAAUAACACAUUAGUGUAAAGUACUGAAACUGUGGAAAAUUAAUUAUAUAUAAUCAUAUACGCUGAAGUAAUUAAUUACACAAAAUGUAAACAGAAACUGCCCAGAGAAGAUCAUUUCAUUCUGUUGUCCAAACGUGAGCCGCACGUGCAUCAGCGAGUCUCAUGAUGCUGCACUGUGUUUCCCAGCAAAUAAUUACUGUGGGUUGCACAGCGAUGUCAGGGGGCAAAGGUGCCACAGUUAGCAGCGACGUGUUACAGCAAGAGCAUAAACAUGUGCCAAAAGCGAGGAGAGCCAGAAGGAGAGACACUAAAGGACAAACAAUGGAGGACGGAGCUGGAGACUGUGAUGGAUGGGCCACACUAGAGGAAGAGGAGAACUCCUUCUGGAGCCGACGUGUGAUGUGUCACAUUAGGUUGUGAUUUAAAAGUUGUGCUCUUCCAUGAAAUGUUUAAACUAUCAGAUUUUGAAUAAACGCAUGUGUCGCUACA